GAUGCAUCUCGUGGGCUGCGACGAGAUGACGAGAGAAUUUGGGAGGCCGUCAUGGGCAGCGGCCGGCAGCUUAUGGUUGUCCUGACCAAGGCAGACCGCUGCCACCCGGAGGAUCUCCACCGUAACGUGGCGGAGGUGCUUGCAGCACUUCAGCCUUUGGACCACGAGCUCGUUUGGCCGUACGUCCAUGCCGUUUCCGCAGAGCUGAAUUUGGGGCUGAGGGAGCUUCGCGCUUCCUUGGGCCCGGUAAGCCCAAGAG